UCCCAUCGUUCCUUUGAUAUAUCUACAAUCGCUUUCCAUAUGGCCCAGUCGCAGCCUGUAGAGAAGGAUCAACUUCCUUCUUCGUUACAUUGUUCGACCUUGACGGACACGGAUAUUAUUACUUACUGCUCUAACCCACCUUCGGCAGCUCUAGAUGCAAUCCCUCUAGGCAGCUACAGCAACUCCGUCAUCCCGCUCUCCGACCUCGAAGUUGUCAAAUUCGGGCCUGGAGUUUAUAUCGAAGAAUACAUGAACCUGCAACGCGCGUAUAAGCUACUUGAUCCAUCUAUAGUGCGUGUACCGCAGCCAUACCGCUUUAUUCGAAACGGAGAGGUCGGAUACAUAGUCAUGGAAUACAUGAGAGGCACAGUCCUAGGAAAUCUUACAGAUCCUUGUCGCAUCGAAAAAGUCGGCAAAGCCCUCGAACAUUUCUCUAGCUUCCAGAGUCCUGAUCCUGGUCCCCUCGGUGGUGGUAUUUCACGUGACCUAUUAUGGAGCGAGGGCACCACGACCGAGUAUUCGCUGUGUGCAUCUACGAAACGGCUCGAGCAUUGGUUCAACCGACGGAUCAAACACGAAAACCUCACCAUAUCGUUUCAAGAAUGCGAAUUCGUUUUGUGCCAUUUAGACAUUGCACCUCGGAACAUUGUCUGGCUGCAUAAUGAUGAUUCAUUGUGUAUUGUAGAUUGGGCCUCUGCGGGGUAUUACCCUCGGAUAUUCGAGUGGUGUCUGUUAGACAUCUUUCUUGGUAGAGAUGGCGGGUUUCAGGGUAUGGUUAAGAAAACGAUGGAGCCGUUGAGUGUGUGGGAGAAUGAGAAUUGGGGGUUGGUUGAGAAGGCUUGGGGGAAUAGUGUGGGAUACCAUUUGUAUGUUGUUUUUCCUAUUGAUCUGGUCGUAUUGUUGGUUUCUAAUAUUCAAGUAGUCCGCCUACACCCUAAAACGAUGGAUGACGAUUCGCUUGUGUGGGAAAAUAUUCGACGAAGAGUUUCAUGGCAGUAUGUAAGCCCGCAACUUGAUAUCAGAUUCUGUCGUUGA